AUGGAUGCGAUCAAAGCUUCAGAAAGUGGCAUUAAAGGCAAACUUCCAUACUCAGUGGAAACUCCAUAUGGUUUUCGUCUAGACCUGGACUUCCUGAAAUAUGUUGACGAUAUUGAGAAAGGGAAAACCAUUAAAAGAAUCUUCAUCCAACGCCACAACAAAGGUCCCCGGGCCAGCACCCUACCUCGGCACAUUAACCCCUCGGGGUACAGCUACCGUCCGAGCCCUUGGGGCUCGACCGGAGCUCUCUGCGCCAGGUCUCGGUUGUCUGAAGACCAUCAUCGAGGCUCCACUUCUUGGUUUUAUGAACACAGAUCACCCAUUUCACGAACAGAAAUAGAGGCCAAAAUCAGAGAGUUCGAUGAGCAACCCUUGGGUGAGCACAUCCGACCUCAUCUCCUUCGGGCCUCCAGUCUGCCCCUUACGGUGCUUUUGAGACAAGGAUUGGAGGAGCCCGGAAGCCUCCAAAGUUCAAAGGAACAUUUAGCAGACAAAAACAAGUCUUGUGAAGACAUCUUUGACUCUACAGACAGUCCUCUCACCCAGGAUUGUUCAGGUCUGUUGAGGCGCUUAAAAGAUGCCUUGGACCAUGUGGAGGAGCUGGAAAGGGAGGUACGGGUCAUUCCAGACCUCAGAGCACAAAUCUGUCUGCUACAGGAGGAAAAAGAAAAACUGCGGUCACAUAUUCAACCAUUCUCCCUGAAUGGGACCUCCACAUCACAAUGGCAAGAACAAUGUCAUAGUCAAGAUCGUGACCCUACGCACACGUGGAGGACCAGUACAGAUCUGGAUGAGCUGCUGACGGUGACGUCACUCCAAGCUAAGGUUGCGCUGCUGGAACAAAAGCUUCACGAGAACGAGAUGGACCUCGAAAGGGUCACGGGGCGGCUUAAGCUGCAACAGAAGGCAAGCAAAAUCAAGGGUGAACGGAUUGAACACCCGGUUGUGAAUCCUGGAGUGUGGGUCCAUGCGGAGAAGGUGGCAGUCGAUCAGGAGGAGGAUGAGACCAUGACGAAAGCCCAAAGUGUCAGCACCAAUGGAGAAUGCCCCAGUUACCCUGAAAAAUAUCUGGCAAUGGAGGUUUCUGCUGACACGUCUCUGGUCAUCCACCACAUCAACAGGAUCAAGCAACUCCUGGAUCAACAGUGGGAGUGUUUGAGUGCACCAGAUGAAGAAAAACGUCUACAGAACACCAGUCCCAAAGUUAUCUCCUUACAGCAGGAGAUAAUGGGACUCAUAGACAUCCUGACCUCGCACUACAGUACUCAGCCUGGACGCAAACAAGGACACACUAUUCAACAUGGAGGUGGGGAAUGCGGCAUGACAACUGACAGUGGAGUUUGGAUCGCCAAUGCUGCUGCGGAAGGAUGCAAAAACAUUGCCGGUUACAAACCAGUUGGGCAGGACUGUGUGUCACAGAUGGCUUGUAGUUCAGAACAGGAAGAGAGCAGCACCGAGCGUUGGGAGAUGGCUGCAAGCCAAGUGGAUACAGAACAAGAAAAGACAGAGAUGGAGGAAAACAGGCAAGUGAUAUCGAAAGGAAGUGGAUGGACAGAUGGAGGGGUGGCAGCUGUUGAAGCUACUGCUGCUGUAGAAAUGGCCAAAACGCCGCCAGGAAAACAGAUGGACAUGGACUUGGGUUCCAAAAGAACAAUGCAAGGCAGUGAGACAGUAAAUGCUGACUUUCUGUCAGCUUGUCUCUACCUCAAUGAGCAUAUGGACAACAUUGAGGACCCUACCAAUGACACAAGGAGGGCCCUCGUGGUGCUUUUCCAGAACUGGUUCAGUGCGGCAGCAGAAGAGAAUUCAGUGGCCAGCAAGGUAGCUGCAUACUUGAGGGAGGUCAAAAAGACAACACCUUCCCUACUGGCCUUCCUCAUCAACCUGGCUGAUGAUAAUGGCAACACAGUCCUCCAUUACAGUGUUUCCCACUGCAAGUACAGUAUUGUCAGUCUACUAUUGGACGCAGGAGUAAGCGACGUCAACUUCCAGAACAAAGCGGGUUACACAGCAGUGAUGCUGGCCUCACUCACAGCCCCUGAGAACCCUGGCCACAUGGAGGUGGUCCGCAGGCUGAUGGAGCUUGGCAACAUUAACAUCCGCUCCAGCCAGACUGGUCAGACUGCUUUACACUUGGCUGUGAGACACGGGCGAGUGGUGAUGGUCCGCCUGCUGCUCAGUUGUGGAGCAGACGCCAACAUCCAAGAUGGUCAAGGAAACACAGCCCUCAUGUUUGCAUCUGAGAGAGGCUACACACAUAUUGCAAGAUUACUGCUGGAGAGGACACAGUGUGAUUUAACCCUUACUGAUCAGGGUGGAAGAACUGCCCUCUCCAUUGCCAGGCUCAACUCCCACAGUGACACAGCCACGCUUCUGCAAGCUCAUGCCAGAGCUCGAGCUUUGUAGUCAUAUCUGGGAGACUUCUCAGCUGUGUAAGCAAGACAGUGUACUUUAAGUCAUAUCCCUGACCUCGUUUCAUAAUAAAGUGGCUCACUUCAGGGCUUAUAGAAAUUAGCAUUAAAAAAUAAUGUUCAGCGUGCUAUAUGAAUGUUUUAUUGUUUUUUGUUGUUGUUUUUUUUACUGACAUUAAUGGUGAGACAUUAGAGGACUGAUCACUUACUAUAGCGGUCAGUGGAAGCGAAUGAGUUAACUGAAUGAAAUUACAGUACGAUUUUGCCAAAUUCUAUUGCUGCUAUUAACACUUUAGUCCAAUCUUUACGCAGGCAUGUAGAGCUUAGUGGUAUUCUUUUUGUGUGUGUUUGUGUGUUUUAUUAAAUGUACUAUUCCAUUUUCCCCCCAACUGCUGAACAAUUA